AUGGGCGGCGACGACAUCCAAUCUGGGUCCAAGGUGCACGAACACCCAGUAAGUCCGGAUAAACAGCAUAUUGAAGUCGGCCGGGAAAAUCUGCGUCACGCAGUCCGACCUCACGCAGACUACGAAGGCGGCCACCGUUUCGACGCAUACGUGUCAUGGGAUCCUGAAGAAGAACGGCGCGUCGUCCGGAAGACAGAUUACAUGUUGUUGUCUUGGCUUUGUGUUAUGUUCUUUGGGCUUCAACUGGAUCGCGGAAAUCUUUCAAACGCUCUAGCUGACUCGUUCCUUGACGACCUCAAUAUAACGAGUGACGACUACAACAAUGGAACAACUAUCCAACUAAUGUGCUUCCUGGCGGCCGAGUUUCCAGUCCAGUUUCUGACCAAACGCUACGGUUUCAAGUACGUCUUGCCUACGAUGAUGGUCAUGUGGGGAACAGUCUCCUGGGCUCAAGCUUUCAUAACAGGAAGAGCCACCUUCUAUGUCACACGUGCUUUUAUUGGCAUGUGCGAGGGUGGCUUCAUCCCAGGUACGAUACUCAUGGCGACCUACUUCUACACUAGCAAGGAGUUAUCGGUGCGACUUGCUGCUUUCUGGUCGACACUCAACAUUGCCCGAGUUAUAUCAGCGCUGUUAGCGGCCGGUAUAUUGGAAAUGAGAGGUAUUGGAGGCAGACCCGGUUGGUUCUGGCUGUUCUUGCUUGAAGGUCUCUUGACUGUCGUCUUGGGCGUCAUCUCGUUCUUGUACCUGCCCAGGUCCCCAACCUCGACAAAGUCGGUGCUUUGCCCCCGCCCAUGGUACACUGAGCGCGAGGAAGUCAUCAUGAUCAACCGUAUCCUGCGUGAUGACCCAGCCAAGGGCUUGACUAGCAUCAAAGAACCGGCGACAUGGAAAGACAUCAAGGCUGCGUGGUCCGAUUCUUCCAUGUGGGGUCUCUACUUCAUUGGCCUCAUCGCCUACAUCCCCGCGACCCCCGUAUCGGCAUACCUGACCCUCACCCUGAAGCGCAUUGGGUUUACGACUUUCAGCAGCAAUAUGCUCACAGCCCCUGCGGCCGGUGUUCAAAUCAUCACUAUGUUAGCCCUGGCAUUCAGCAGCGACUACUUCAACGAGCGAGCCUUUCACUGCUUCUUCGGCGAGUUCUGGAUGAUUCCCCUUUUCGUAGCACUUCUUGCCAUCCCCGAUGGUGGUCGCGACUGGGCCCGCUUUUCACUCAUCACACUGAUUUCCGGUUAUCCCUACUUCCACCCGCUUGUUUCUUCCUGGAUCUCCGAGAACACCUUCGACGUCAAAAAACGUGCCAUAACGGCGGCUACGUAUAAUGUCAUUGUGCAGAUUGGGUCGCUCAUCGGGUCACAGAUCUACCGGUCUUGGGACGCGCCCUAUUAUAAGAAUGGAAACAGAGUCUGUAUCUCGAUCUGUGCGCUUAGUCUGGUGGCGUUCGUCGCUCAACGCCAGUACUUGAUCUAUUUGAACAGGAAGAAGGAAAGGGUCUGGAGAACCAUGUCUGAGGAGGAGAGGCUGACCUAUCAACAUGACCAGGGGGCUCGCGAAGUGGAUGGGAAUAAACGUCUGGACUUCAGGUUCAGGUAUUGA